AUGUUGGGAGUUGAUUUGAUCCGAGAAAUUGAAGAUAAAGUUCGAAUUAUUCGGGAUAGCUUGAAAGCUGCAUCUGAUUGUCAGAAGUCGUAUACGGAUCUAAAAAGAAAAGAUAUAGAAUUUGUUGUUGGUGAUCGGGUAUUCUUAAAAGUCUCUCCGUGGAAGAAUGUGUUACAGUUCGACAGGAAAGGAAAGCUGAGUCCGAGGUCUAUUUAUGAAAUUGUUGAAAGAAUCAGCCCUGUAGCUUAUAGAUUAGCGUUGCCCUCUAAACUCGAGAAAAUCCAUAAUGUGUUUUAUGUUUCAAUGUUGAGACAGUACAGGUCUGAUCCUUCACAUGUGAUUCCUCAUAGUGAGAUUGAGCUUCAGCCAGAUUUAACGUAUUCGGAGGAACCAGUGAGAAUUUUAGCUCGAGAAGUUAAAGAAUUACAGAAUAAAUGA